AUGAACGCUUUUGGACAUCAACCAUCCAACCAGCAGACCAGCCCCAUUCAGCACCACAGCGCACAGGAGCUCUUGGACAUGGCCGUGUACUGCGAUAACUACGGAGUGUACCAACAGAACCUCCACCACCACCCUCAGAGGCCGCCCACACACCCGUCUAGCUACGGCCUCGGAGAGUAUACCUCACCGUCCACAAACCCGUACCUGUGGCUGAAUGGACCCAGCAUCAACUCCUCUCCUUACCUCCCCGGGAACAACGGAACCUCCUACAUCCAGCCUGGAUACGGGUCAAACCAGAGGCAGUUCUUGCCGCCUCCUCCAACAGGGUUUGGUGGAGCAGACCUGGGCUGGCUAUCCAUAUCCAGUCAGCAAGAACUCUUCAAGAUGGUCAGACCUCCUUACUCCUACUCUGCGCUCAUAGCCAUGGCCAUACAGAACGCACAGGACAAAAAGUUAACUCUGAGUCAGAUCUAUCAGUAUGUGGCUGACAACUUCCCUUUCUACAAGAAGAGCAAAGCUGGAUGGCAGAAUUCAAUCCGGCACAACUUGUCUCUGAAUGACUGUUUCAAAAAAGUGGCACGGGACGAGGAUGACCCUGGCAAAGGAAAUUACUGGACGCUGGACCCAAACUGUGAGAAAAUGUUCGACAACGGGAACUUCAGGCGAAAGAGGAAAAGGAGAUCAGACAUUACCGGCCCUGACAGCACCUCUCUCACGGUAAAGUCAGAGGACAAUCCGCACAGCAAGCUCUCCGACACCGCCAGCCUCCUCAGCUCCUCCCCGCCGAGCCUGCACGGGUCCCCGGCCUCCACGGAUCCCAAGUCGUCGCCGCCUCCGUCCGCGGAGCACAGCCCGUGCUACGGCAACUUUGUGUCCAGCGUGAACGCGCUGCUGGCCGGCAGCGGCAACGAGGUGUCCCGGGUAGGGGAGCGGGAGUACGGCCCCGGACAUCACGGAGGACUGGGUCAGGGCAGAGAGGGGGGCAUGUCCGGACUGGGCUCAUAUUCGCCCACUUUAAUCUCCCCUCUGAACUCAGAAAGCCACAGAAUGAACUAUUACACAUCAGUACAGAGCCUCUCCAACCAUUUCAGUGUGAACAACCUCAUAUACAGCCGGGAAGGAACAGAAGUGUAGACUAGAAAGUAAUUUAUCACUUAAUGUUAGCAUGCCGCUGCAUAGUCUAGCUUUCUGUCCGUAAACAUUACACGUAGUCUGGUUUAGUGGGCCGUGUUUUAGCCUAAAACUAGCACUGAAACUUUGCUUCCCUGUUUAGCUUGACAAAAACUGUAGCAUCACAAAGCAACGGCCAUAUUUUCAUUCGGUUCCUCAAUAAACAACAAUAUUCGGCUGUUAUAUAAAAAUUACGUACUUGUCUUGUGUUUUUGUAAUACUUAAUGUAGCUGCUUUGUGUCUAUGAAAACGAAGACACAUUUGUACAGAAAUUAUUUUCAUAAGAAGAAAAAUGUCAUGUA